AUUUGCCAGUCCCACCCGCAAUCUGAAUGCGAAUACCGCAUCCUCCCAACUUCGAGCCCAGGCGGGACUUAUAUGUGAUUAAGAUUAAGAAUCACCCCGCCGGUUCAUUAUUUCAAUUUCAUUUUCCAAUUUAACCCUUCUUCUUCAUCCUCUUCCUCCCAAUCCCUUAACAUUCUAUUCUAAUUUACAGUAAUAAUAAAACCUUCUUCUUUUUCUCUCAUCACCCGUUCUUUCAAAACCCUAACACUCAUGGCCGCACCACCUCCCACCAAGGACCAAGUUCUCUCUCUCCUCGCCGCUGCCAACAACCACGGCGACAUCUCCGUCAAAACCACUUCCUUAAAACAAGCCAAACACCUUCUUCUAUCUCUCCACCCUUCUCUCGCCGCUGACCUCUAUCCUUAUCUCCUUGAACUUCAGUCUUCUCCCGAAUCCCUCGUUCGCAAAUUGCUCAUACAGAUAAUUGAGGAUAUUGGUUUUAGAGCAGUUGAACAUUCUCCUUCACUGAUAUCUUCAUUAUUAACAUUUCUACGAGACAGUGAUGUAACGGUCGUAAAACAGUCUAUUAUUAGUGGUACUAAUAUCUUCUGUAGUUGUUUUGAGGAGAUGAUUAUGCAGUUUCAACAGUGUGGUAAAGUUGAGAGGUGGUUAGAAGAUAUUUGGAUGGGAAUGCUCAAGUUCAAGGAGGCUGUUUUUGAGAUUGCUAUGGAGGGUGGCUCUAGUGGAAUAAAGUUGCUGGCACUGAAAUUCUUGGAAGUUUUUGUAUUACUUUUUACAUCCGACAUCCAUGAUCCUGAGAAAUCCUCCAAUGAAGGAGUCAGUCAAGCUGUUAAUAUCUCAUGGUUGGUGGGUUGUCACCCAGUUCUUGAUCCAAUGGUGCUUACGACAGAGGCCAAUAGGACUAUUAGCAUUUUAUUAAAAUUAUUGCAGUCUGCUGGCAGUCUCCCUGGUUGCUUGACAAUUACUGUUGUAAAUUGUUUAGCAUCUAUUGCAAGGAAAAGGUCACAACACUAUGAUACUAUCCUUUCAGCAUUGCUUGAUUUUGAUCCAAAUUUUCAAACAGUGAAAGGAUGUCAUGUUGCCAGUAUUCAGUACUCUUUAAGAACAGCCUUUUUGGGUUUUCUAAGAUGCACUUAUUCUCCAAUACUAGAGUCAAGAGAAAGACUGAUAAGGAGUCUGCGAGCUAUGAAUGCGGGGGAUGCUGCUGAUCAGGUAAUUCGGCAAGUAGACAAAAUGAUUAAAAAUGGUGACCGUUUUACCCGCGAUGCUCGAGUUAGCAAGGAUGACCAACCAUCUACUCAGUCACCCAUUUCAGGGGAAUUAACUAGGAAAAGACCUGUUUCUCAUGAUAGUGAACAAUUGGCCAAUGGUCAUGAGUCCAUCGCUAAGCGGAUUCGUUCUGGUCCUGACUCUGACUUUACUUUACCUGCUCAAAUAAAUGAUUCUGGGAGGGAUCUUAGCUCUGUUAACGGGGUGUCACCUAAUGUUCCUGUUCUAGACCGUGAGCUAACUGCUGUGGAGCAAAUGAUUGCCGUGAUUGGUGCUUUGAUUGCUGAAGGAGAAAGAGGUGCUGAAUCUCUUGAAAUACUUAUUUCACAGAUUCAUCCUGAUCUGUUGGCUGAUAUUGUCAUAGCUAAUAUGAAACACUUGCCUAAGGCACCCCCACCACUAGCAAGGCUUGGUAAUCCAUCAGUAAAUCAACAAAUAGGUUCCCAAGUCAGUCAAUCUCAAGUUAUAGCAGCAUCUGCUUCAAUGAGUUCUGUCCAAUCCUUGGCUGUUUCUGCCCAAGCACAAUUCCCUGCAUCUACGCCCACUGCCACUACUUCAUCACCAUCUGACACCUCUAACUUCAGUAACCUUCCUGCUGAUUCUAAACGUGAUCCACGCAGGGUAAAAUCCGCUAGAUCUUUGCAAGAAUUGGAUCCCCGUCGUCUGGAUCCGCGGCGUGGAGCAAUAAUUCCUGGAGGAGCAGCUGUCUCAAUUACAGAUGAUACUGGAGCCGCAAAAUUAGAAUAUGAGGAUCCUGUAUCUUCUAUUAAGCCUGCUUCAUAUCCUGUUCCAAGCACUGAUGGCGAUACCCAAUCAGAUAUAACAAUCAAAAUAAAAACUGAUGAUAUGAUUUCUGAUGGCUCCCUAGUUUCAGGACCUGAUCAGGUUACUCCUAAAACAGAGGCUCUUGAAAGGCCUGGAGAUCACCGGAUUUCGGAAGCAAAUGCUUCUUUAGAUCUCGGGGUCUCAUCCACUGAUUCAAGAGAUGAGGAUCUCAGUACAGUAAAUAUUUCAGAUGACGCUGAAAUAAAUGGGACUGAUCCAUCAUCUCUAUUAGAGCUUGAUCAGUUUUCUAUCGACGUCCAAGUACCAUCCACAUCAGAAGAUACCUGUCUUGAGUUGCCACAGCUUCCACCAUAUGUUCAACUAUCCCAAGAACAGGAAAGUAAGGUGAAACACAUGGCUAUUAGCCAUAUACUAGAGUCGUACAAACAAUUGCAUGGGGCAGAUUGUCAGCAGUUUUGCAUGCCACUACUUGCUAGACUUGUAGCUCAGAUUGAUGAUGAUAAUGGGAUCACUGUGAUGCUGCAAAAACACAUUCUGGAAGACCACUGGCGAAAGGGGCAUGAAUUUGUUCUGCAUGUUCUGUACCAUCUUCACUCCUUGACGAUAUCAGAUUCAGUCAGAAACUCUUCAUCUUCUGCUGUUUUAUAUGAUAACUUUCUCUUGGGAGUGGCCAAAACUCUGUUGGAUUCUUUUCCAGCUUCCGACAAGUCUUUUAGCAGACUUCUUGGUGAAGUUCCAUUUCUUCCUGAAUCAGCCUUGAAGAUUUUGAAUGAUCUAUGCUAUUCUGAUGUUAUUGACCAUGAUGGAAAAGUUAUCCGUGACAUUGAGCGUGUAACUCAAGGCCUUGGUGCUAUCUGGAGUUUAAUUUUGGGACGUCCACAAAAUCGGCAAGACUGCUUAGGAAUAGUUUUGAAGUGUGCUGUCCACUCACAAGAUGAGAUCAGAGCUAAAGCUAUUCGACUGGUGACAAACAAGCUCUUUCAACUUAGUUACAUAGCAGAAGAUGUUGUGAAAUUUGCAACAAAAAUGCUUCUCUCUGCGGUAGAUCAUGAAGUUUCAGAUGCAGUGCAAUCUGGACCUACUGAACAAAGAGCAGAGGUCAAAAGUCUUGAAAUAAGUGGCACUUCUCAGGUUUUGGAGUCUACAAUUUCUGAAAAUGACACUGCUAGAGUUGCUAAACCAACUAUCCAGAGUGUUUCAUCUAUAUCGUUUUCUGAAGCGCAACGCCUCAUUUCUUUAUUUUUUGCCUUAUGUACAAAGAAACCCAGUCUUCUACAGGUUGUAUUUGAUGUCUAUGGGCAAGCCUCAAGAACUGUCAAGCAGGCUUUUCAUCGCCACAUUCCUAAUCUUGUGAGGGCCCUAGGGCAAUCUUAUUCUGAAUUGCUCAGUAUCAUAUCUGAUCCACCAAAAGGAAGUGAAAAUCUUCUGACACUGGUGCUGCAAAUAUUGACUCAAGACACAACACCAUCUUCUGAUUUGAUAUCUACCGUUAAACAUUUAUAUGAAACUAAAUUUAGAGAUGUUACAAUUCUUGUUCCAUUAUUGUCAUCACUCUCCAAGACUGAGGUUUUACCAAUUUUCCCACGACUUGUUGACCUUCCAUUGGAAAAAUUUCAAAGGGCACUUGCUCACAUAUUACAGGGUUCAGCUCAUACAGGUCCAGCUUUGACACCUGUAGAAGUGUUGGUUGCAAUCCAUGGAAUUGUUCCAGAGAAAGAUGGUCUUGCACUUAAGAAGAUAACAGAUGCUUGCUCGGCUUGUUUUGAACAACGUACAGUGUUCACUCAGCAGGUUCUGGCCAAGGCCUUGAACCAGAUGGUUGAUCAAACUCCGUUGCCUCUGCUUUUCAUGAGAACAGUUAUUCAGGCAGUUGAUGCUUUUCCAGCACUGGUUGAUUUUGUUAUGGAGAUACUCUCAAAACUUGUGACCAAACAGGUGUGGCGAAUGCCAAAACUUUGGGUUGGUUUCUUAAAAUGUGUAUAUCAGACACAGCCACGUUCUUUUCAUGUAUUAUUGCAGUUGCCACCUCAACAACUGGAAAGUGCACUAAACAGGCAUGCUAAUCUCAGAGGGCCCCUAGCUUCUUAUGCCAAUCAACCAACUGUAAAAUCUUCACUUACUAGAAAAGGAGGCAUUCAAGAACUUCUGCAAUGAAUUGAGUACUUCACCAGGAUCAACUUUAUCUGUUCUCGGUCUGGCAAAUGAAACGCAUGUGCAACAACAUUUGCCAACGUCGUUGCACCAUUCUGAAACAGGCACUUCAGUUGGUGGGGCAACUCUGACAUGAUAAUUGAGCAACUGACAAGAAUUUUAGUCCAUGGCCCAAUUGAAAAUAUUAUCAAUGAGAUUGGUCCAUAUCCAGGCAACCGAAGAGAAAAUCCACAAUUAAAUAGUUCAUGUAGUGAGCCUCAACCGAUUGUUUAAGCCAGAAUGCAGGUUUUUGAGUGUUUAUAUAACCCAGUCGAAUCAAGGGCUCGCGUUCACAAUUAUAUCAACAAGUCUCGUUUGAGUGCUCCAGGAAAUCCACCCUGCCUCCUUCCAUGAGUGUAUCAUAGUUUUUUGUGGUUUUUUCAUUGUAUUAUUAUUAAUAUUAUUCCUCCAAUUUUGAUGUAUUUCUUGCCUUUUUGGUCAUGAAAUAUGACUGUAUUCAUAUAGGUGUGAUUGCAUAGCCCCCAUUCUUCAAAGGAUGCCAUAAUGCUAAAUUGCAAUUAAGUUUCUGAAAUCCCCUAUAAGGUUAAGAAGCCUCAAUACAGGUUGCCAUAUAUAUAUUUUCCGGUCUUGGGGUAAAACAAUUAGGAAUUACUCUUCUGUGAUUUUAUCUAGGGUGUUCGUAUAUCAAUUUAUUUUAAUGUAAACCAGAUGUUUGUUUAAAAAUUAAAAAUUGAAAUAAGUGUCAUUCACCAGGCUGUACUGGAUUUUAGA